AUGCAGGGCCAGGCGACGAGAUGGUACGCCAAAACAGAUAACCCAGAUUUCAGGAUCUUCCUAACUACAGACAAGCUAAACACAGAGGAAAUGAUAUCAUUUGCCAGAUCUCCAGAGGCGGGAGACGUGAUUUUAUUUGCGGGAACAACAAGGAAUAACUUCGAGGGGAAGGAGGUUGUCUCGUUGAGCUAUGAAGCCCACAAAGGCAUGGCCUUGAAGACAUUGCUGAAGCUUGCCAAUCAGUGCAUGGACAAGUUCAACGAAGGAGCAGCACAAAGAAACAUCUAUAAGAUUGCAGUCGGCCACAGACUCGGUCGUGUGCCAACCAUGGAGGACAGUGUGCUUAUUGCAGUUUCGUCCUCGCAUCGUGAAGAAGGUUGGAAAAGUGCAUCCUGGCUUUUAAAUCGCAUUAAAGAGCAUGCCGAAAUAUGGAAGCUGGAGGAGUAUGCAGACGGUACUACAAGCUGGAAAGAGAACUGUCACACAUGCAUCCCGAAGUGA